AGAUCUAAAUCUAUGACUAUUGUAAUAAUAUUGUUGAGAUCUUACACGCAUUUAAUUCAAUCAUUUUCGUAAACACAUUUUUUUUUUCAAAUUGAUUAAAUAGAACGCGCCUUCAUCAAAUCUCGAUUAGUGAAAGAGGAAGAAGACAUCAUUAGUUUAGUGACUUUCUCUCUCUGUCACACUCAAAGCUUUAUACUUUCUGCAAGCUCAUUCAUCACUGAAACAGAGCUAAAAACCAGAGAUCUGAAUAAGGGUACAUAGAUUUGGAGUCUCUCUCUGCAACAAGAAGAUCUACAUCAACCAGGAGAGAGUUUCAAUGGGUUCUAAGAAUAAUCCACCGAGAUCGAGAAGUUCACUAUCUCUAAUCCUUGUGGUUGGUCUAUGCUGUUUCUUCUACCUUCUCGGAGCAUGGCAAAAGAGUGGCUUUGGUAAAGGAGACAGCAUAGCCAUGGAGAUAACAAAGCAAGCUCAAUGCACCGACGUCGUCACCGACCUCGACUUCAAACCUCAUCACAACACAGUCAAGAUCCCCGAGAGAUUAGCUGAUCCAAAACCAGUUUCUUUCAAGCCCUGCGAUGUGAAGCUCAAGGACUACACGCCUUGUCAAGAGCAAGACAGGGCCAUGAAGUUCCCCAGAGAGAACAUGAUCUACAGAGAGAGACAUUGUCCUCCUGAGAAUGAGAAGCUCCGCUGUCUUGUCCCAGCUCCUAAGGGUUACAUGACUCCUUUCCCUUGGCCUAAGAGCAGAGACUAUGUUCAUUACGCUAAUGCUCCUUUCAAGAGCUUGACUGUGGAGAAGGCUGGUCAGAACUGGGUUCAGUUUCAAGGGAGUGUGUUUAAGUUCCCUGGUGGAGGUACUAUGUUCCCUCAAGGUGCUGAUGCUUAUAUCGAUGAGCUGGCUUCUGUUAUUCCAAUCAAAGAUGGUUCUGUUAGAACCGCAUUGGACACUGGAUGUGGGGUUGCAAGCUGGGGUGCUUAUAUGCUUAAGAGGAAUGUUUUGACUAUGUCCUUUGCGCCGCGAGACAACCACGAAGCACAAGUACAGUUUGCUCUUGAGAGAGGUGUUCCAGCUAUUAUAGCUGUUCUUGGAUCCAUUCUUCUUCCUUAUCCACCAAGAGCCUUUGAUAUGGCUCAAUGCUCUCGAUGCUUGAUACCAUGGACUGCAAACGAGGGAACCUACUUAAUGGAAGUUGACAGAGUCCUGAGACCAGGAGGUUACUGGGUCUUGUCAGGACCUCCCAUCAACUGGAAAACCUAUUACAAGACGUGGAACCGCACCAGAGCCGACCUCAAAGCCGAGCAAAAGAGAAUAGAGGACAUCGCAGAGUCUCUAUGCUGGGAGAAGAAGUACGAGAAGGGAGACACUGCUAUCUUCAGAAAGAAGAUAAACGAUAGGUCGUGCGAUAGAUCAACACCUGUCAACACGUGUAAGAGAAAGGACAGUGAUGAUGUCUGGUACAAGGAGAUCGAAACUUGCGUGACACCGUUCCCUAAAGUAUCCAACGAAGAAGAAGUCGCUGGAGGGAAGCUGAAGAAGUUCCCCGAGAGGCUAUUCGCGUUGCCUCCGAGCGUCUCCAAAGGUUUGGUUAGUGGCGUUGAUGCGGAAACGUAUCAAGAAGAUGUUAAACUGUGGAAGAAGCGUGUGGGUAGGUACAAGAGGAUUAAUAGCUUGAUUGGUUCGACUAGGUACCGUAACGUGAUGGAUAUGAAUGCUGGUCUUGGUGGGUUCGCUGCUGCGUUGGAGUCUCCUAAGUCUUGGGUUAUGAAUGUGGUGCCAACUAUUACUAAGAAGACGUUGAGUGUUGUCUAUGAAAGAGGUCUCAUUGGUAUCUAUCAUGACUGGUGUGAAGGGUUUUCAACUUAUCCGAGAACAUAUGAUUUCAUUCACGCUAAUGGUGUCUUUAGCAUGUAUCAGCACAGCUGCAAGAUCGAGGACAUUCUUCUUGAAAUGGAUCGGAUCUUACGGCCGGAAGGGAUUGUGAUAAUCAGGGAUGAGGUUGAUGUUUUGAACGAUGUGAGGAAGAUUGCUAAUGGAAUGAGAUGGGACACUAAGCUGAUGGAUCAUGAAGAUGGUCCUCUCGUUCCGGAGAAGAUUCUUUACGCCGUUAAACAGUACUGGGUCGCCGGCGACGAUGCAAACAAUCAGUCAUCGUCUGCUGAUAGUAGUGAAGAAGAGUAA